AUGGAAUGCAACGCCCCCGGGAUCGAUGGCACGGCAUUCCUGCUUGACAAGGACUUAGCCACAAUCGAAGUUCAACCUUACUUCGAGGAGUUGACAGAGAACAAAGAGAAAGAACAGUUCGAAGAACUGCCUCUAUGUGUCAUUAAGGAGAAAUACAAGAAUCUAGAAGGAGGAGACAAGUUUAUCCAAGAACUCCAGAAGAGUCAAGCCGGGAAGAAGCACCCACAGUUUGAUGAUGAGAAUUGGCGCAUCUACAAGAUUUUUAAGUCCAUCGCGACGACCAGUGCCGUGGGCCAGACCAUAACAUGUACGAUGCGAGUGCUAGCUCUAUACCUCGUUCGGUGUAUGUCGAUCAUAUAUGUAUGCCAAGGUGCGAACAUCAAUCGGGUCGGGAACAAGACGAAGGCCAGAAUGGAAGCCUCGGGAAAUCGAGCAGAACGAAAUGCUAUCGCAGAAACGCUCGAAGCUAAAGUAGCUUCCAUGGGCAAGCCUGCCACGGCGAGUGGCAAAGGAAACAACAAGGGUGAAAAAAAGCGCAAGAAGGACGGUGAGAUUAUUGCUGGGGUUCGUUUGGUGGUGUUCUCUUUAUAA